UCUUUUUCUACUUGUUUACGGAUUCAUCCAAUGUGUUAUUUCAAUAUAUCCAUGGCUUGCAAAGCGUUCGUUUUUUAAUACUUGAUGGGUGAUUGUGACUGUCAAGAUAAUCAGCCAUGGAAAAUCAAGCUAAAAGACACGACUUAGUUGAGGGACAUUAACAUCAUACGAUGGUAAUAAUGGAAUGUUGGAGGUUGGCGAUAGAGAAGCUGAAGUCAUUCCGUUUGUCAUGAACGUCUAUCUUCAAUGAAAUAUCCAAAUAUGAAGCAGAUGUGGAAGACUUUGUGAUGUCAGUUAUUUAGGAUAUAUCGAAUUGACAUAGGUAUGCUCCAAACAGGCGUGUCUCAAAUUGCAGUAGCACAGACUGAGAACUACCCAAAGGACAACAAGUCUUCUAAAGACGUUUUCAAACCACUGGAUCCACUGAAGAUCGGUCGCAGUGGCCGACACAGAGUUGCAACCCUCUAGAGAAGACCGUCAAAUUGGCUUGCUACAUUUGUGGAACAGAUUUUAACUGUGAAAAUUUCUUGAGGAAAGUAUAAGACAAUUUGCAAUCUUCUGUUAAUCAUGGUGGAAUAUCAUACACUACCCGACCAAGGUUGGUCAUGGAUUGUGCUUCUGGCGUCCUUUGGAUCUCACUGCAUCCACGGUUUCUUCCUGACGGCCGUAGGGUUGCUUCAACUUUCUCUACUGGACCAUUACAAGGAAAACGUAUUUAAAACUUCACUUGCCCUUUCGAUUUUCCUUGGAUUGUUUUCUACGUCAGGGAUAUUAGCCUGUUUUAUCGUCAAUAGGUGGAGUUGUCGAGUCUCCAUGAUGACGGGUGGACUCAUCGUGUCAAUAAGCCACGUUGUGACAGCUUUCAUACCGAACAUUACACUGGUCAUCAUCUCGCUGGGGAUAUUUGGCGGGAUUGGGAUGGGAAUGUGCUACACAUCAUCUCUUGUUGUUGUUGGGUACAACUUUGAGAAGAACAGGAACGUUGCCAGCGGAUUAGCUGUCUCGGGUACUGGUGUUGGGGCCUUUGCUUUAGCACCGUUAAUGCAGACUGCCGCCGACUAUUUCGGCUAUAAUGGGCUAUGGUUGAUGUGCGCAGGCCUGACUUCACAAUAUUGCGUGUUUGGUAGUUUGUGUUUUCCAUCAAAACUGGAAAUUGAUCGAAAGAUGAAACUGAGAGGUGUCACAAGGUUAACAUGGGACAUUAACCAUAACUUGAAAAGGUUGAGAGAAAUAUUUUGCGUUUUAUCACAAAGAACACUAGUUUGUGUUUACUUGUCCAUGCUUCUUUGUAACUUAGGAAUUUAUCUCCUAUUCCUCCAUUUCGGAAGUUAUGUGACUUCAGUUGGAUUCAGCAAGUUAGACGCAGCUUUUCUGUUUUCUAUAUGUGGAAUCUGUAACUGCAUCUCUCGUAUUUUAGUUGGUUCUGCUGCCAAUGCCAGCAAUAUUGAUGAAUUCAUAAUGUUUGGAGGAACGUUUAGUCUCGCUGGAAUAUCAACGGCCCUCUUUCCAUUGUACGGACAGAGUUACAGUGGUCAAGUAAUUUAUAUGGUGAUGCUAGGAAUGUAUUCUGGUUGUUGCUAUGCCUUGCUGAACUCGAUAUGUGUUAAUCUUGCCGGAAUCGAACAUCUUGCAACAGUGAACGGUUUCAUUUUAUUCUUUACUGGAAUGGGUUGUUUUACUGGACCUUUGCUAGGAGGUAUCAUUGUUGACUCUGGUGGAACGUAUGGGGAAUCAAUUACAGUGGCGGGAUUAUUAAUUGUAGCUGGUUCUCUGUUUGCGUGGGCGUCAGGAGCCGGUGAACGUCGUUAUCAAGUCAACGACACGGAAAAGACAAUACCUAGUCAGGAAAAUAAAUGUAGUCUAUUAAUUCAAGAACACGUAUUGGAAAACAACGAUGAAAAUUCCAUGGAAACCAAACAGCGUAACAGUGAUCAAGAAAUUGAAUCUUAUGACAACGAGCAGUCCAACAUCGAAGUAUCAGAAAUGGAAAAUCUCAGGAAAGCGACGCAAUUAGAAAUACAUUCUUUAUUUUGAAAUACACAUCACUGAUGUAAAACUUAUACGGUACCAAUUUUGAUGCACUAGAUGCGCAUUUCGACAAAUAA